GCGUGUGCUGGUUUGGCCGUUUCCAUCCAUCAACAUCCGGCAACCGUUACCAGAGGUUACCAUGCCAUUUCACAUUCAGACUUCGACUUCUGCCGGUCGCGAAGUUCAAGCUGAGACAAGUCGACAUCUCGACAACUGAAGUUCAAUAGAGGGCUUAACUGCCCAGCCUGGCCGGUCACCUUGCCGAAUUGACCAGAACUGUCACAGCCACAGCCCACAGGUUCCUGCAUUAUAACUGCCCAUCAGCCAUCUAAUGUUGAUAUUGGGUGCUCAGUCAUUUAUUGAGCUGCAAGAUCUCAAGCUUUUACCAUGGCCCCUGACACCUUGCGAUUUGGAUGGCCUUUCCCCGAGAUGAAUGCUGGUGUUCCCUCAUCUUUUGUGACCAGGAGCUCUGCAAUAGUUCCUAUUGUUGGCACCCUUAGCAAAGUUUGGCUUUGCUAUCUUAAUUCUGUGACUGUCCACAAUGGUUCUACCUUCAGCUGGUGGGUGAACAAGCGUCCCCGAGACCAGCCCCUAAUAACAGUCAGCAACCAUCACAGCUGCAUGGAUGACCCUUUCCUUUAUGGCAUUCUUCCGUGGAAGUCUUUGUGGUCAGCUCACCUCAUGCGCUGGUCUCUGGCCGCACACGACAUUGUCUUUACAACGCGCUCUUUAAAUUGGUUUUUCAGUUCUGGUAAAUGUGUUCCUUGCAUCAGGGGCAAUGGAGUCUUCCAGCAAGGCAUGGACUUCUGCUGCUCACGCCUGCGUGAAGGAAGCUGGGUGCACAUCUUCCCAGAAGGAAAAGUCAAUGAAAAGAAAGAAAUUUUGCGAUUGAAAUGGGGUAUUGGAAGGCUAAUAUACGAUUGCUGGUCUGGCAAGAGCUUUUUACUGAAACAAAAUGAGUUAAUCAACACACCAGAGCCGGCUGAAGAACUAAGUCCCUCUUUGUAUAGAAAGAUCAGUGGGAACUUUUCUGAAACUUCAUCAGUUCUAUUUUCGGCCCUGCAUAAGGUUCGGGAAUCAUUGCGACUGGUGGAACCAUCGUUUUCAUUGAAUAGUUCUUCUGAAAGGAAACUUGAAGGCAAUUACUCGGACAGCCUCACAUCCAGAGUUUCCAAUCAUACUAUGAUUAAGAAUAGUGAUCUUGCACGGUUUCCCGGCAAGGCUCCAAUAAUUUUAAUAAUUUAUCACCUCGGAAUGGAUUCUGUUUUACCUAACACUCGUCCUUUUAUCCCUCGCGUAGGGAAGCGAGUUACAAUAGUAGUGGGGGAGCCUUUAGAUACAGGUCCUUUAUUAGCACAACUCAGUCAUGACAAAGUAUCAAAACAUGAAGCCAUGAAGCGCAUCACCGACUGGCUGGAGAUCGAGUUUCGAAAAUUGGGAGCUAGAACGGCCGAGUUGCAUGCGCAAACUUGAUGCAAGUAACUUCAGCUGCUAGGUGUAAUUUAAUUAUUUAUUUAUUUGGGUAUCAAGUCCAUCUAAGACCGAGGUUUUAUUCUGAUAGCUCAAGUAUGUACAUAAGUUAUAGUGCUGAUGAACAUAACUACAAAUUCUACAGGUGUUUUUUUGUGAGCAAGAUUGAAGUUGAAAAUAACGAAUUGGCUUAACUAUAUCCACAAUGAGUAAGGAUUUGAUAAUUCAUUCUCUGCAUUGAUUUAAUUGUAACGAGGUUUUAAUUGAAUUGAAACGUUCUCAACUAAUUGAUGCGAAAUGUUGUGGUACCGGUAGCGGAUAUAGUGGGAGAUAAUUCGAUCUCUCGUUGAACAGACAAGUAUUUGGCUUUUAAUCUUGCUUUCCAAUUAUGAAUGAAAUACUUAGAUAAAAAAUUCCGGUUUGCAAUAUUUUUUGUAUGCUAUUUCUAAUGAUUCGAACUUUUCGAUGUAAAUUUUUAAAAUCUU